AUGUCAGAUCUUCAAGAAUUUAUCAAUCAACAAAAAGCUAAGAAUUCAUUAUUUGGUACUACAACUACCACUGCAACAUCAACAACAUUUUCAUCAAUUAAUGCUCUACGAUCAAAAUUUACAUCAAGUUUGGAUGCAUUGUCGUUAUUACGCUCAACAGAUGAUAACGAUGAUGAUAAUUCUGAUAAGCAAAUAUUGACCGAAUCAGCUGGGAAAACACCUGGACAAUUACCACAAUUCCGAAAUCGUAAAAAUGGUGGUGCAUGGUUCAGUUCUAUUUCUAAUGAUGAAUCUAUUUUUGGAAUGUCAAGAAUGCAGAGGAUUGUCGCAUUUUUUGUAUCAAUAGGAGCAGCAUUUAUUUGUUUUGGAAUAGCUGUCAUCUUGCUUCCUACUUUAGUUAUGCAAGCUCGAAAAUUUGCAGCUUUGAAUACGCUUGGUUCGAUUAUGUUAAUUUUAAGGUUUGUUAAUUAA